CGGCGAGCCAACCGAAGUUGGGCGAGUGCGCCGAGCCGCGGCGGGCAGGGGGCGGCAGGUGCCGCGGGCGUGCUCUCCCGACUUCAGGGAGACAGCCGGACGCUGCGGUCCCCACGCCCCCGCGACCUGGCCCGGCCCGGUGCCCGCGCCUUGGGACUUCCGGGGCCCGGCGGCGCUCCGGGGAGCUCCUCCAAGGGCAGCCUCCGGGGUGGGGGAGAGCUCGGCACUGUGGCAGGGCUCCCGCAGGGGCGGCGGGCGGGGUGGGGUGAGGCGGGCCAGCACCCUCCCCUCCCGCUGGCCCUCCCUUCCUCCCGUCCUGCAGCCAAUUAGACGCCCCCUCGGGCGGGAGGCGUGGGGUGCUCCAUAAAGCGGCUCGGAGCUGUCACCCCGCGAAGAGGCUGUGCACGGCCUAGGAUAGAGCCGGCGCCGAAGACUCGGGCGCCUCGGACCACGGAGCGCGGAGGAGCCAUGGCCACCAGCAACGGGGCCGUGGAGAACGGACAGCCAGACAAGAAGCCGCCUGCCUUGCCUCGCCCCAUCCGCAACCUGGAGGUCAAGUUCACCAAGAUAUUCAUCAACAAUGAAUGGCAUGAAUCCAAGAGUGGGAAAAAGUUUGCCACAUAUAACCCUUCAACCCUAGAAAAAAUAUGUGAAGUGGAAGAAGGCGAUAAGCCCGACGUGGACAAGGCCGUGGAGGCUGCACGAGCCGCCUUCCUGAGGGGCUCACCGUGGCGCCGGCUGGACGCUCUGAGCCGAGGUCGGCUGCUGCACCAGCUGGCUGACCUCGUGGAGAGGGACCGCGCCAUCUUGGCCACCCUGGAAACGAUGGACACAGGGAAGCCAUUCCUUCAAGCCUUCUUCAUCGACCUGGAGGGCUGUAUCAAAACCCUGAGAUACUUUGCAGGGUGGGCAGACAAGAUACAGGGCAGGACCAUCCCCACAGAUGACAACGUUGUGUGCUUUACCAGGCAUGAGCCCGUAGGCGUGUGUGGGGCCAUCACUCCCUGGAAUUUCCCUCUGCUGUUGUUGGUGUGGAAGCUGGCGCCCGCUCUGUGCUGUGGGAAUACCGUGGUGGUGAAGCCGGCCGAGCAGACACCCCUCACCGCCCUGUAUCUUGGCUCUCUGAUCAAAGAGGUCGGGUUCCCUCCAGGCGUGGUGAACAUCGUGCCAGGAUUUGGGCCCACAGCUGGAACAGCAGUUUCUUCUCACCCUCAGAUCAACAAGAUAGCCUUUACGGGGUCCAUAGAGGUUGGAAAGCUGGUUAAAGAAGCUGCCUCCAGAAGCAACCUGAAGAGGGUGACCCUGGAGCUGGGGGGGAAGAACCCCUGUAUUGUGUGUGCUGAUGCCGAUUUGGACUUGGCAGUGGAGUGUGCCCAUCAGGGAGUGUUCUUCAACCAAGGCCAGUGCUGCACAGCUGCCUCCAGGGUGUUUGUGGAGGAGCAGAUCUAUGCGGAGUUCGUCCGGCGGAGCGUGGAGCAUGCCAAGAAGCGGCCCGUUGGAGACCCCUUUGAUGUCAGGACGGAGCAGGGGCCCCAGAUUGAUCAUAAACAGUUCGACAAAAUCCUCAGUCUAAUCGAGAGUGGGAAGAAAGAGGGAGCCAAGCUGGAAUGUGGAGGCUCAGCCAUGGAAGACAGGGGUCUCUUCAUCAAACCCACGGUCUUCUCGGAAGUUACCGACACCAUGCGGAUUGCCAAAGAGGAGAUUUUUGGACCAGUGCAAUCAAUACUGAAGUUCAAAACUCUCGAAGAAGUGAUUAAAAGAGCGAAUAGCCUGGAAUACGGACUCACCGCAGCUGUGUUCACCAAGAGCCUCGACAAAGCACUGAAGGUGGCCUCCGCGUUAGAGUCUGGAACUGUCUGGAUCAACUGCUACAAUGCCAUCUACGCACAGGCUCCAUUUGGUGGCUUCAAAAUGUCGGGAAAUGGCAGAGAAUUGGGUGAAUAUGCACUGGCCGAAUACACCGAAGUGAAAACCGUCACCAUCAAACUUGAGGACAAGAACCCCUGAAGAAAAGCUGGGCUCUUUCCGCAGACAUUUGACAGCUGAAUGUGGCAGAUCAAACUUGCUGAAGAAGAAAAAAAACAAAACAAAAAACGACGUUUCUGACCUUCCUGGCACACUUUCUUCUGGAGACCUUCCAUCUACGGGAUGGGAACGAUUUUGAUAUUCCUCUCGCACUCCUGUUUCAUUGACUGAUAUGUUGGGUGUGAAAUUGCAGUCCUGCCCAGGGAUGGAGCUGUUGACCGUUUCUGUGUUCAUCCAGGUCCCCGGGACAGUUAAGAGGCUCAGGGCGUUGUCCACAGGAAGCGGUAUUUGAAGUAUCCAGCAGUCGCUUUAAAAAUGCUCUGCUGACUCUGACUCUAGUAAGAAUUCAGGAAAACUCUGUGCGUAUUCUGGAAACAGGGUCCUGUGCCUGCGGGUUCCUCAGGGUUCCUGCCCACAGAACGAGCCCCACCCACCGUUUAGUGGGAAAGGAAUAGCCCAAAGUUAAAAAAGAAAAGAAAAGAAAUAAAAGCAGGAGUGGGAUGACCCCAUGCCUUCGGGGACUACAUCUUGACAUUGACCAUGGGACUCAGCUUAAAUCCAAUACUGCCUCUGGAAUAGGACCGAAUCACCAGCCCAUUGAGCUUAUCUCAAUCUAUGUCAAGGUCUGAGGCAGAAAGCAUCUCGAGCAAGUGUCACUGUCACAGCUAAGGACCUGGCGCUCUGACACCACAACAGCAUAGCAAAUCCUAGGAUCCUUAAGUCCUGCAGUUUACAAACCAGAGCUGUAAUUCGCUUUUACAAAUGAUGCAUUUCUGCCACUUGCAUUCAUGGUUUAUGCAGUUUCUCUUUACUUCAGUCGGGUUAUCCAGUUUAGAUUAGGAAAACAUGCACACCUGGGAAGACUGAUGCUAUGAUACAGCCCUGGUUUGUUCAAGUCCUAUUUUGAUGUGAAUCCAUGAUUAAUUAACAAAUAACACUUGGAUUCUAUGGAGGACCUGGGUCUCCUACUAAAGUGGUCUGUUACUUGCACUAAACAAGUUGGGAGUUUUUCGUUUCCUCUUUGUGUCUCCAAAUCAUGUGCAAUUCCAAGUUUUAACUUGGAAAAUGGAAAAUGUUCCCAUAUAGCUUUAAAAAAACAAAACCAAAUUUAAACUGUGUUCUUUGGAUACUUUGACUAUUCCUAACGAGUACUUUUCUAAUGGUGCUUAUGUUUGAGAAUUAAAUUGCAGGCGGUGGGGGCAGGAAUAAAAUGAAGGUCUGUGUCAAAACCAGUGUGUGUAUCAAGAAAGUCAUAUAGGACAUGGGGUUGUCACUUUUGUCAGAAAUAUGCAAUAUAGCAUUCACUUUCUCCUCUAUGUCAGUUAACGCUUAUCACUUAUACUGUCAGUAACUUGUUAAAUCAGGAUUUGACUCAUACACUGAAUUUUCAGGAUUUUAUCUCAAGUAAUUAUAGGCACUAACCUUGAUAGUAAUACGUUAGAGGGUUCUUAUUCUUUCAUGUACAAUAAUGCCUUUAAUAUGAAAUGCUACAUUAUUUAUAAUUGGUAUAGAUAAUGUAUCUUUUUAUAGUUGUAAGUAAACAGAGGUGGUAUAUUUAACCUUCUGUAAUAUACUGUAUUUAGGAAUGGAAAUCUAUAUAGCAUUAGAUUUCACUUCUUUGAAGGUUGACUCCUGUGGUAUGGCUUCAAAAUUGAUUGGCCUGGGAAUUCUGAUCCUAGCUGUGGAUUGUGUUAACAAUGCAAUGAUAAAAAUAAAUUGGAUAUUUGACAAACAUUUUAUUUUUUCAUUUAUGGACCAAACCCCUUUUAAUUCUGUGGCUGGUCUUUCUCUUUCUUAGAUCUUCUGUCCAAAAUGACUUGUGAAAAGCAGUAUCAACACUUCAGAAUAAAAUGACAU